AUGGCGAGGCCGAGCACUGGUGGGACUCCAUCACCCAUACUGGAGGAGUUGAUUUCAUCUGGACAUGGGAGGACUUCAUUGACCGAUUCGACUGACAGUGCAUCUCAUUCCUUUAUAUCUAAGGACUUUUGCCGAUCAUCUGAAUUGCCGAUAGAGUCUACUAGUGAAGGAUUGACCAUAUCGACGCCCUUGGGGAAGACUAUUGUGGUAGGCCACUUCUGUUUAUCUUACCCCGGGUUGGUGGGAGAGACUUUCUUGCCUACCGACUUGUUUAUGCUGCCUAUAUCAGAUUUCGACAUUAUCCUAGGCAUGGAUUGGCUUGUCGAGUACCACGCCAUGUUAGACUUCUCCGCAAAGACAGUCAUGUUUUGUAUACCUGGCCUGCCGCAGUUCCAAUUCGUUGCCGAGCCUAGAGGAGAGUCGUUGUCUUGUUUGAUGUUUUGUGCAGUAGAGGAGCCCGUCACAGCAAGUGUUGAGAAGUUGCCAGUGGUUUACGAUUUUCCCGAUGUGUUUUGGGAGAUUCUGGGAUUGCCACCACCCCGGCAUAUUGAGUUCUAG